AUGUACGGUGUUCAUUCGAUCGGUGGUAUCCUGACUUGUAUGGGCACGCUCGAGAUGUACAUAGAGUCGAUUGUCUCCCUUCGCCCGGAUUGCAAUAUUCCCAAUACAGUUGAUAUCCUCAUGCAAUCUUUGGGUUCAAAUCUUAAAGAAGUUAUGAACUCCAAAAUCAGCUACUGGCGAGGCAUCCAUAUCGAGAUUCUGAGUAAUUUUGGAAAACGUGGCUUUCCUGUGGAAUGUGUUUGUGGAGGUCAAGUUUUAGACAUACAGAACUUUGAUGUGUACAAUUUCUUGAAAUUCAUCACAUACGCUAGUUUUGUCAUUAUGAAUCUCAUUUAA